UACACCGGCAUGACAGCAUGUGACGUUUGUACGAUGCGCCGGAAGAGUCAAUUGUAGUACAGCAGCACUGUGUCCAUGUCCAGCACAGUACAUCCUGAAAUCAAAGAUCGAGGACUUUAUCCUGUGGUGAAUAAUGCACGGACGUGUGAAAGUGAAGUCGACGGCACAGCAGGAGGAGGAAAAAAGGAAAGAAAGAGAGAAAAAGUUAAAAGUGUUUGUAUCUGCUCGAGAUGCUGUGUUAAAAAAGAGGAGUGCUGGAGAAAACGAUGAGGAAGCUUUGCAGUUGACACAGCAGCUUCUGUCCUCCAACCCAGACUUCGCCACCCUGUGGAACUACAGGAGAGAAAUUCUGAUGCAUCUGGAGACGUUAGGAGAAAAGGAGGAUGUGCAGAAGCUCUUUGAGACUGAGCUGAACUUCAUCGAGGCCUGUCUGAAAGUGAACCACAAAUCUUACGGCAGCUGGCACCACCGCACCUGGGUCACGGCACGCAUGCCCAGGCCCGACUGGACACGAGAACUCAGUCUCUGCGAUCGCUGCCUCAGCCUGGAUGAACGCAACUUUCAUUGCUGGGAUUACAGGCGGAUGGUGGUCAAAGCGUCUGGCGUUUCUGUCGAGCAGGAGCUGCAGUUUACAGAUCGUCUGAUCGGCUCCAAUUUUUCCAACUACUCCAGCUGGCAUUACCGAAGCACGCUGUUACCGCAGCUCCACCCACAGUCUGCAUCUGACUCCGCCCCCAAUGCAAGCUCCUCCCCCACAGCCUCACCUCAAACUUACUCACACAGAGUCUGCGAGGAACAGCUACUGAAAGAGUAUGAGCUGGUGCAUAACGCCUUCUUCACCGACCCCAAUGACCAGAGCUCCUGGUUUUACUAUCGCUGGCUGCUGGGCAGAGCGGAGCGAGAGGAGAUGAUCAGUUGUGUGUACGUCAGUAGGGAGGGCGAGACGGUUGCUGUUGCUUUCUCCAAACCCGAUCAUGCUCUGUCUGUGGGUCUGAUGUUGGUGUUAGAUGGUCAGCCUCUUCAGGUGGACUGGAGAAGUGCUCAUCCACGUUUUCGUCAUAGCCCUGUCUGGCUGUGUGACCUUCCGGCCGGCUGUAUCAGCGACAUCAAUAAUGAACACAGCCUGACCAUCCACUGGACAGAGAAACACACACACAGAGACUGUGCUCUCUACGCAGGUUCUGUUGAAAGCUGGUGCAGAGAUACCGCCACAGACCAGGAACUCUUCAGGAGUGAGUUAUCUGUAGAGAAGACCUCAGUGCUUCAGGCUGAACUUCAGUCCUGCAAUCAACUGCUGGAACUCGAACCACAAAACAAAUGGUGUCUGCUGACGAUAAUACUCUUAAUGAGAGCUCUGGAUCCACUGGGUCACGAGAAGGAGACUUUGGCUCAUUUUCAAACCCUUAAAGAGGUGGACCCUAUGCGGUCUUCCUACUACAGUGACCUGUGCAGUAAGUUUCUGAUUGAAAACACCAUUCUGAAAAUGGAGUAUGCAGAGGUUCGAGUGUUCAGUCUGUCAAAUAAGAACCUGACGACCCUGUGCCACCUUGAUCAGCUUCUCUUGGUGACGCACAUCAAUCUCUCCUCCAAUCAGCUUGUGAGGCUGCCGCCUCAGUUUGCCAUGCUGCGAUGUCUAGAGGUUCUGGAAGCAGAUGAUAAUGCCAUUGAAAAUCUGGAGGGCAUGUACAAUCUGCCUAAACUGGAGGAAAUCUCUCUGAAGAAUAAUCAAAUCUGUAAACUAUCUGAUCUUGAAGUCUUGGCGUCCUGCCCCAAAUUGACCAGACUGGAUCUGCGUGGAAACCCUGUGAGCGAAAUCACAGAUGUACAAUUCCAGUUACCCCAGUUGUUGCCAAUGGUUGUUUCCCUGUCUCUUUGAUAAACACCUUUAAGUGUUUAUGUGUGUUAGUCUUGUUAAAGUGAUAGUUCACCCAAAAAUGAAAAUUCUGUCCUCAUUUUCUCACCCUCUUGUCAUUUUACACCUGUAUGACUUUCUUUCUUCCGCAGAACACAAAAGAAGAUAUUUUGAAGAAAGUUGGUAACCGAACAGCACUGGACCCCAUUCACUUGUAUGGGCACAAAACCAAUGCAAGUGAAUGGGUGCCAGUUAACAACAUUCUUCAAAUUAUCUGCAUUUGUGUUCUGCGGAAGAAAUGAAGUCAUACAGGUUUGAAAUGACAGGAGGGUGAGUAAAUGACAGAAUUGUCUUUUUUUGGUGAACUAUCACUUUAAGUGUACUGCUGUUUUCUAAUCAGACUUAAAUUAAAGUUUGCUCAAGAAUGAAA